AUGGUCAAAGGCCAGGUCCAUCAUCGAGAACAAGCUGGAUGUUCUUCAGUGCCCGACUCCACUGUUGAGCAACCUCUUCGAGACGCGACAUUCGAGAACGUGCAUCUCUUCGCUCAGUCACAUGGACUCACACAGCAUCUCGAUGUCUUCCACAAAGCCGCAGCCAUACUCCAGGGUCAAUCCCCUCUGGACCAUCUGCCACUCGACCCAGCAGAAGCUCAGGCGUUGCAGGAUGAAACGCGCCGAAAAUGGCGGCAGCCCAAGAUGCUCUAUUUCACCAUCCUGGUGUGUUCGGUGGGCGCUAUAGAGCAAGGCUGGGCCCAGACAGGCAUGAACGGCGCCAACCUGUACUUCCCAAAGGCAUUCGGCGUUGGGUCGAAUAGCAAACAUGAUGUUUUCAUUGUCGGCUUGAUCAACAGCGGCAUUUAUCUCAGCACAGGGAUCCUAGGGGCCUGGGUCUCGGACCCCGUGAACAAUUUGCUUGGUCGGCGUGGUGCCGUCUUCUUGGGAAGCAUACUUUGCCUCGUUGCCAACCUCGGGUCCGGCCUGUGCAAGACUUGGCCACAGCUGUUGAUCUUCCGCUUCAUCCUGGGUGGGGGCCUCGGUAUCAAUGCGAGUACUGUAUCGGUAUAUGCUGCUGAAUGUGCUCCCGCUGGGAUCCGUGGUGGUCUAGCAGUAUCCUGGCAAAUGUGGACAGCUUUUGGACUGUUCCUGGGCUUCAUUGCCAACGCUGCCUUCUACAGCUAUGGCGACAACGCGUGGAGACUUCAGCUUGCAGCUCCUUUCAUCCCAACCAUACCUUUGUCGCUGAUGCUGUAUAUGUGCCCCGAGUCUCCAGCAUGGUUCCUGAAACAUGGAGACCGUUAUGAUCUCGCAUUUCGAUCACUAUGCAGUUUGCGAAACGGCGAGUUGCUAGCAGCAAAAGAACUGUAUGCUUCGCAUCUGCAGAGGACGGCAAGAUUGAAGAUGGCAGACCAGCAGGACGUUUCUUUCCUGCGUAAAGUUCGGGAACUGUUCACCGUGCCUCGCAUCAGACGAGCUACCACCGCUUCCUACGUUGUGAUGCUCUCUCAACAGCUGUGUGGCAUCAACAUCAUCGCCUUCUAUUCCUCAACAAUCUUCUCGGACGCGGGUUUCUCCGACUUUGGGGCUUUGCUGGCAUCCUGCAUCUUUGGGUUCAUCAAUUUUCUCGGAGCAUUUCCUGCAAUAUGGACCAUGGACACCCUGGGGAGGAGAUCACUUCUGCUUCUGACGUUGCCCCUGAUGGCAAUGACCUUGCUAGCAGCCGGACUGAGUUUCAACAUUCCUGCCGACAACCCUAUGCACUUCGGACUCCUGGCCACCUUGAUAUAUGUCUUCUGUGCCCUGUAUUCGCCGGGGAUGGGGCCCGUCCCGAACACCUACUCAGCAGAAGUGUUCCCCUUGUCACAUCGUGAGGUUGGCAUGAGUUUCGCCGUGGCCACGGCCAACUUUUGGGCGGCCAUCUUGUCCUUGACAUUCCCACGCAUCCUCACAGCGCUCCAGUCUCAGGGGGCCUUUGCUUUGUAUGCAGGCCUGAACGUGGUUGCGGUGGUGCUCGUCUUCCUCUUUCUCCCCGAGACGCGCUUGAAGACACUGGACGAGCUGGACGAGGUCUUUUCGGUUCCCACGAGGACGUUUGUCAAGUACCAGACGAUCGAGUUCCUGCCAUGGCUGGUGAAACGGUAUGUCAUGCGAGAGAAGGAUGCCGUUCUCUCACCGCUAUCCGUCGAUGGAGGGUAUCGGGCACUCGAACAAGACGAAGAUGAGCCAGGCACAUAG